GUUCAUAUUGUCUACGUAAUUAUAGGUCAACGGAAUCAUAGCGCGAUCAAUAUGGGAUAUAAAAGUUAAAAGUUUACACAUAACCGCGAUAGAUGGCGUUGUUACUUUCUGAAUCGCGCUAUGGUUUCGUUACCGGCGAUAGUAUGGAUGUCGGAGAAUUUAAUUUUUUGGUGUGAGCAGCAAGCACUGUGGUUUACUUUAUUAUACGCGCUUAAUUAGUAUCCCAGUGUUUUAAUUAAUCACCCUCUCCCAAGUCGACCUUCGUUCAUGGUCCUUCGGAGUCGGGUUGGCCGCGAGUGUUGUGGCGGGUUCCGGAGGUGGUAGAAACUACCACCCUACGCUUCGAUACUGGGCAGUGGAUCGCUGUCCAGAGCAGCCCUUCAGUGGGUACCAGGUGAGAGGUACCCGGAGCUGGAGGUGGAAGACCGGUUGGCGCAGGGUGCAUCCAGUGGAGCGUGGUGCAGCACUACUGGUGACAGCAGCAGCCGGAGGGACGAGGCAAGGGAGGAGAGCAGGAAGGUGCAGGGCGCGGUCACAGGGGGCGCCACUGGUGUGGCGUAGUACAUCGCGACGUGACGUCAUCAGUGUCAGUGAGUGUUUGGUGAAAAAAAAUCUCUGCAGCUGUAGUUUGAGUCAACUGGUCCUUUGUUUACAAUUUAGUUAUUUUGAGAAUCAUGUCGAGAUCACCAUGCUACAGUCCGGAUUUUAAUAUUAUGGAUCCUAACAGAACUUCGUCAUUGAAUAACGAUUCGGAGGGAAUAAAUUUACAAAACACGAUGGACGACAUCAAUGAUCCUAUAACUCAUCCUUUUAAUUUUGCCCAAGAUAGGGAGAGUUGGUAUGCUGAAGUAGCAGCAGCAGCACAAGAGGAAUAUCGUCUUGAAAAAGCAAAGAGACAAACAUUAAAGAAGAGGAAAGUUAAAUCAAAAUCUUUGAAAACUAAAUCUUUUAUCAUGCGUAAAGAAUCGGAUCGUGCGCAACGCGUAAUAAAAAUUAUAAUUUAUGACUUGGACGGUGGCAAUAUGGAUGAAAUAUCAUCUAAUCCUGAAGAUGCAAGUGUGAAUGUGCAGUAUUUAGUGACUAGUGAAUAUGAUGAUAUUAUGACUGAAACUGAAUAUUUAGUUGGUAAAAUUGUAAAGAAAUUAAGCAAAUAGAUGUGUAUGUUUAGUUGUAGAUAAAGAAUAAGACUUUUUGUUUAUUAGCUUGUAAAUAAUACUUUACAAUGUACAUUUUAAUUUGUAAUUAAAAUAAUAGCCCUAAGUUUAGUAUAGUAGUUCACUUUUUAGUAGUACAGAAAUAGUUUGUUAUUUAGUUUUAUUAAUAGUUUAUUUUUUAGUACUUAGUGACUGGUCCCUUUGUAUAUUUAU